AUGGCCUACUUGUGGUUUCUCAGCCCAGCCGGGCUUGUGGAUACCAAGUACACGCUGAGCGUGCUGGGUAACGAGGGAGAGGAAUCGGCAGCUAGCUUCGGCGUGUUGGAGGGAGUCUUUUCUGCGGUGGAACCCAACAACUGCUGGGGCACAGAGCUGAAACCGCUGUCCGAGCUCGGGGACGGCGGCUUCACGUUGCAGUACGUCCUCACCGUCAUCAACGUCGAGUCCCGGCCGAUGGAGCUGCCCGGCCACCUCGAGCGCAUGCUGGCGAACGGAAGACGCGCGGACGUUAGGUUUCGGGUGCGCGGCCGAAACUUCCGCGCGCACAGCUCUAUCCUGGCCGAGCGGUCGCCCGUCUUCGAGGCUCAGCUCUUUGGCCCCAUGGCGGAGAAGGACAUGCGGCGCAUCAAGGUUGUCGGCGGCCGCAGCGCUGCGGUGAUGCAGCGUUUGCUUGUCGCGGCGGACAGGUACGGGCUAGACAGGCUGAAGCUCAUGUGCGAGGAAGAGCUGUGCCGGAGGAUCGACGCAGAGACCAUCAUGUCCAUGCACGCGCUCGCAAAUCGGCACCAUUGUCAUCUGCUCAAGCACGAGUGCCUUCUGUUUCUUACGCGGUCGCCGGAAGUCCUGGGCACCGUCCUUGAGAGUAGCGGGUUCAACGAGCUCUGCAUGACAAAUUACCGACCAUUGCCUCUGGAGGGGGAGUCUCACCGACAAAACGUAGCCAUGCAGAGGAAGAAACUGAUCCAGGCCAGAAAUUAA